AUGUUCAUGAUAGAGGAGGAUUUUGGUAGAGCUAGAGGAUGUAAUCAACAUCACACAUCACACAUGGUGGGGAAUAUUGGUGGCAGAGAAUUUGCUGAAUCACUAGCACCUGAUGUUCAGAAGUUGCUUCUUUCAAGUGGUUGCAGACCACUAGUGAGAAAGAAAGUUGCACUAUGUCUAUUAAGACUCUUUAGGAAAAAUUCUGAUGUUGUGAAUGUAGAUGGCUGGUCAGAUAGAAUGGCACAGCUAUUAGAUGAAUGUGAUCUUGGUGUUUUGACAUCAUCAAUGAGUCUUUUUGUUGCUUUAGUAGCCAACAACCAUGAAACAUACUCAAGUUGUCUUCCAAAAUGUGUUCAAAUUUUAGAAAGACUUUCUAGAAAUCAAGAUGUUCCUCAAGAAUACACAUACUAUGGUAUCCCUUCUCCAUGGCUUCAAGUCAAAACAAUGAGAGCCCUUCAGUAUUUCCCAACUGUUGAAGAUCCAACCACAAGAAGAGCACUCUUUGAGGUUUUACAACGGAUGCUCAUGGGAACAGAUGUGGUGAAAAAUGUUAACAAGAACAAUGCUUCUCAUGCUGUGUUAUUUGAAGCUCUUGCUCUUGUCAUGCAUAUUGACUCUGAGAAAGAGAUGAUGUCACAAUGUGUGGCACUUCUUGGAAAAUUCAUAGCUGUGCGUGAACCUAAUAUCCGGUAUUUAGGUCUGGAGAAUAUGACUCGAAUGUUGAUGGUUACAGAUGAAAAGAUCAAAUAG